AUGGCAGCAGGCACCAGCAACAACGUAGAACCCUUCGACGUCGUUUCGGACGACACGGACCACUACUUCCUAAUGCCACGCCCCGAAAUGGAGGGCUUCGGCAACAAAGGGAGUAACGUUUACAAGAGGAUCAUGAGAGAGUGGAAAAUCCUCGCCCAAAGCCUCCCUGAUUCCAUCUACGUUCGCGUCUACGAGAAACGCAUCGAUUUACUCCGAGCAACGAUCGUCGGCGCCGCCGGAACCCCCUACCACGACGGCCUCUUCUUUUUCGACAUCGCGUUCCCACCGGGUUACCCGAUCAACCCGCCGGAGGUCCAUUACCGCUCAUACGGGUACUUCAUCAAUCCGAACUUGUACAGCGACGGCCACGUGUGCUUGAGUCUAAUCAACACGUGGAUCGGGAAAACACACGAGAGGUGGGACCCAUGUCGCUCCACCGUGCUGCAGCUGCUACUCUCGAUCCAAGCGCUUGUCCUAAACGACAAGCCGUUUUUCAACGACUUUUGGGCUGAGAUUUUAGGGCGCGGACGCGUGCUCCUCGAGAAGCAGUCGCGGGCUUACAACGAUGCCGUUUUCGUUCUCAACUGUAGGACCAUGCUGUGCCUGCUACGGCGCCCGCCGCUGAACUUCGAAACCUUCGUCGUUUGCCAUUUUCGUAACCAGGCACGUGCGAUUUUGAGCGCGUGCGACGACUACGCGAACGGGCGCGUCAAAGUUGGGCAUUACGGUGUCGACGGCAAGGGUUCGAAGUCGAAGGUGAGGGUUUCGGGGAAACUGAGGGAGUCGUUGGUCGUUUUGUAUCCUCAACUUUUUAAGUCAUUUGUCCGGAGCGGUGCGUUUUCGGGGAGUGAGGAGGAACGGUUGAGGAUGGAAAAGCGUAAUGGGUUGUGCAAAAGUAAUGUUAGUAGGACAAAGUACAGGGUAAUUGUGAGGAAGGUGAUUGGGAGAAUAAAGAAGCUUUAUAGUUGA